GAAACAAUUACAUCAGCUAUUUGCGUAGAUAAGUUAACCUUUUCCCCACAACUUUCUCUCUGUGUUUCCUCUGAAAUCUAGUUUGCUGCAGAUUUUCCUUGCCUACAGACUCUCUAAAGAUACUAAACCAUGUCAAGCAACACUUCAAAAAAAGAGAAGAUAUUUCUCUUUACCUCAGAGUCUGUUGCAGAAGGACAUUCUGAUAAAAUGUGUGAUCAGAUCAGCGAUGCUGUCCUUGAUGCCCAUAUCAGAGUUGAUCCAGAUGCUAAGGUUGCUUGUGAAUGUGUGGCCAAAACGGGGAUGAUCUUGCUCUGUGGAGAGAUCACUUCCAAAGCUGUAGUGGAUUACCAGCAAAUUGUGCGAGAGACCCUCAAGAGGAUAGGCUAUGAUGACUCUUCAAAAGGAUUAGACUACAAGACUUGUACAGUGCUAGUAGCUCUAGAACAACAGUGUGAAGAAAUCAAACAUGCUGUCUUCCAUGGCAAGAGUGAAGAUGACAUUGGAGCUGGGGACCAGGGUUUGAUGUUUGGUUAUGCCACUGAUGAAACUGAAGAAUGCAUGCCUCUAACAAUCCUACUUGCACACAAACUUAAUGCAAAGAUUAAAGCCCUGGAGAGGAAUGGAACAUGGGCCUGGAUUAGACCAGAUGGGAAAACGCAGGUCACAAUGGAAUACAAGGAAAACGAUGGAGCAGUGGAGCCCAUCCGUGUACACACAUUGGUGAUCUCUGUACAUCAUGCACCCGAUAUGUCUUUACAGCAAAUGCGGAAAGAACUAAUGGAAAAAGUUGUCAAAGAAGUUAUUCCAGCAAAAUAUCUAGAUGAGAACACAAUCUAUCAUCUCCUUCCGAGUGAAGUGUUUAUAGAAGGUGGUCCUAAGGGGGAUGCUGGACUGACUGGCCGAAAGAUCAUUGUUGAUACCUAUGGAGGCUGGGGAGCCCAUGGUGGAGGUGCUUUCUCUGGGAAAGAUCCUUCCAAAGCUGAUCGCUCAGCAGCAUAUGCCGCUCGCUGGGUUGCAAAAUCCCUAGUGAAAGCUGGUCUCUGUAGACGAGUAUUGAUCCAGCUGUCUUAUGCUAUUGGUCUGAGCCACCCUCUCGCCAUUUCCGUAUUCCACUACGGCACUUCAGAUAGAUCAGAAGAAGAGCUGCUUGAAAUUGUACAGAAAAACUUUGAUCUACGCCUUGGAGUUAUUAUAAGGGAACUGGAUUUAAAGAGACCAAUAUAUCAACAGACUGCAUGUUAUGGGCACUUCGGAAGAGAAGAAUUUACAUGGGAAAUACCAAAGAAGCUUGUGUAUUAAGCUUUUCCAAACCUGUCUCUUAUAAUGGAGAAUCUUUUUAAUGAGCAGGUAUGACCUCUAAACUGUCAGAGGGGAAAAGGAUCUUUUUAAAAUCUAAUAAAUGACAUUCUUAUAACUGAACUAGGUACUGACAGCUAUAAGCAAUGUAACUUUUAUGCUGGCUUUACGUUUGAAAUACACAUAUGUGAAACCUA